AAAAUCCAUAUCUUCAGAAAACAAUGAAAUUUUGUUAAAUCAUAUGGUAUAAUACGCUAUACCUGUUAGUAUUUCUCUUUUAAUUUAAUCAAAUAUUUACCAUCAUUAUAUAUGAUGGGUUCUGAAUUUAAAGAUUCAGAUGAUGAAGAAAUUAUGGCCAAAUGUGUUAGAGAUUCUGAAGAAUUUUGUGAUAAAGAUAGAUUUGCUAGAGAAAACCACAGCGAAAUUGAACGCAGAAGACGUAAUAAAAUGACAGCAUAUAUUGCAGAGCUAUCAGAUAUGGUUCCAGCUUGCAAUUCUCUGGCACGCAAACCAGAUAAAUUAACAAUAUUAAGGAUGGCAGUGGCUCAUAUGAAAUCAUUAAGAGGGUCAUCAAAUUUAACAAAUGAUUCAUCCUACAAACCCUCGUUUUUAACUGAUCAGGAAUUAAAACAUCUUUUAUUAGAAGCAGCAGAUGGAUUUUUAUUUGUAAUUCAUUGUGAUUCAGGCAUGGUAAUAUAUGCAUCUGAUACAAUAGUAUCUGUUUUGGGCCAUCGACAAGAGGACUGGUCCGGUUCAUCCAUAUUCGAAUACCUGCAUCCCGACGACGUGAAUAAGGUAAAAGAACAGCUGUGUUCAUCGUGGGACACUCCUAAUAAUCAAAGUUCAAUCAAUUCUUCCCUAAAUAAUUUACUCUCAUCCCAAAACGCCAAUAAUAAUAUUCCACAUAAUAGCAUUGAUAAUACCACCACCAUCAAUAAUAAAUCCCCAGGCUCCUUAAACCCCGGAUCGUCCAACACACUUCACACUAAUCAAAACCAGGCAGCCAAUACCAACAACACGGCCUGUAAUGGUAGCAAUAAUAAUAUGCCCGCUAAUACGAGUAUUAACAAUAACCGGGUCCUGGACCUUAAAACGGGUACCAUCAAGAAGGAAGGUCAUCACCAAAGUUCCAAUUCUGCCCGUUUUUGUAUGGGAACCCGUAGGGGCUUUAUAUGUAGAAUCAAGUGCGGGCUUCAUGAGCCCUCACCACAAAAUGCCAUGAAAAAUCAUCCCAGAAGUGCUAGGGCUAUGUUGGGGCCUUCCAGGGAUGGCGAGCAAUAUGCUGUUGUACAUUGUACGGGAUAUAUCAAACACUGGCCUCCUUCCAACACCACUCUGGGUGAUAAAAACGCCUUGAAUUCCGCCAUCUACCAAUUACCGCCGAAUAAUAGCAUAACUACUCCAAAUAAUCAUAGUAAUUCAAACAGCGUGAGCCAUUUUAAUUCCAAUUACUUUUGUUUGGUGGCCAUCGGCCGCUUGCAAAUAGCUAGCGCGCCCAACAUAAACGAUAUACUGACAGCAGGCGAGGGCAGAGUUAUAACCGAGUUUGUGUCCAGACACGAUACCUCGAAUAAAAGACUUCUUUUCGAUAAUCAAAACCUCGAUCAAAUCCCUAUCAACCAAGUUAACAUAGUAAUCAAUCAAGCUGCCGUUUCUAGUUUAGAAUCUUCCGACCAACUCAACUCAGUUAAUAAUUGUGGCAGAACAUACGACUUUACCUUUGUCGAUCAAAGGGUUUUCGAUGUAUUAGGCUACCAAACUCAGGAAGUUUUAGGCAAAAGCUGUUUCGAGUUCUACCACCCCGAUGAUAUGAAUCUCAUGAAAGAAACAUUCGAACAAGUUAUCAAAAUGAAGGGUCAAAUGAUGUCGGUCAUGUAUAGAUUUAGACACAAAUCUGGCAAAUGGAUUUGUUUGCAAUCUAACCUAUACGCCUUCCUCAAUCCCUAUUCCGAGGCACUCGAAUUCAUAAUCGCCAAUAACUCCCUAGCUAAACCCUUAAAAUGUGACCGCAUUAUCGAGAGCGAUCCUCAAACUACCCUCGUUAUAAAUGAACAACCCACUUACAAAAAUACCUUUGAAACCUUGAAAAAUUCAGCCAAAAGAAACGACAAGAUGUUAAAUGACGAAAAAAUGAUGACUCAAGAUAAAGCUUAUAUGAGUAGUGAAUCGAACGGUAUUAACAGAAUUGUGGUGACACAUAACAAGGUAGACCUUCAAAAUAACUCCACACGUAACGAAAAUCAGGGAGAUAUCAGCUUGAACGAUUACAUGAAAGAAUCCAAUAUCCACUUGAAUAAUGUUCCUCUUAUUUUACGCGAUAACAAAGUGAGCGUUAUAAGCCAUUGCGAUAAAUUACCGAGGCCUACUCAGGGACAUUCGACCGAUCAAAACUUAGGAUAUUAUUUCGGGGGCCAAGAGAGACCUUUAGGAAAUAAUGUGAAGGAUGCUUCACUUUAUGGUACCCAUGCUGGAUCUAGUAUGCCUACCAAUCAAGAUUGCAAUAACAACAAUCUACCAAUACCUGGAUCAUCACUUCUUUCUACGGUUCCGCACGGAGAUGGCUAUUUUUACGAUUAUCAUCAGAAUAUUUCCAUGAACGAUUUUGUGGAUCAACAAGAACCUUGGUUUGGCAGCACUCAGACUCAGCCGGAUAAUACCGAUUAUCAUUCUAGAUCGCGUGAUUGGAAUUCCCGCCAAAAUUUUUACACUUCCGGAUGUGUGGAAGGAAACGUUGACAGAAUCUACGAAUAUAGCUCUAAAAAUAUCCCUUCUCACGACUUGCAUCAGCAUAAUAUCGAUCAUUUACAAAAUAUACCCAACGAAUUAGUUCCCGAACAUAUAUCCCAUUUCUUUUCCGAACAUUAUUCGGAAAUAAGCAAUUCUAAUAUUAAUAAUCUCAAUCUUUCAAACCCAUCCUUUUCCAACAAUUACCCUUCUCACAUGCCACAACACACAAAUUUACAGCAUAUCACCACGCAACUUGGAACCGGGGAGGGAGAAGAUAAUAUACCUAACAAAUAUUUUCGAGAUCAAAAAUAUGCCGAUCAGAUUAAAGACCAAGAUCAUCUUCAUCCUUACACAAACCUUAGUACCCCAUGGGCCGACCAUCACAAUUUUUCCCAUCCUCAAAAUAUUAUUUCAAACGAUGACAGACUAUUGAAUAACGUGAUAGUAGAAAACAACGAUCCGAGUCGAACCGUCAUUAUUAAUAAUAACAAUUCCAUCCCAGAAAGAAGUAAUCAAUAUCCACACUCGCUUUUAGGUCUUACCGCUUACCACCAAGGUUUUCAACCUUCCGCUGAAACAUCCUUCUAUAACAACGCUCAAUCGGUCAUGGCAAUACCCCUUGACCACCCAAAUCAGCAGAGUGCAAAUAAAAUGAACAGUUUUUUAAAUCAAAAUAUAAACCAUUUACCUUCUUCUAACAUCAAUGACAUUAAUAAUACCGCAAAUUUUGACGAUCUUUCGGCUAUGAUGUUUUCGACUUUCCAGUGAAUAUUUUUUUUACGCAUAGAUAUAGUAUUAUCGAGAUAUCGUAAAUACUUAUUGCAUUAGGUCAUGGCUUAGGGAUUUGAAGGUAUAGUCAUUAAAAAGCGUAUUUCAUACAUUAUUUAUAUAAUUUAAUAGCGCACAAUUAUUUUUUUUAGUGAUGACUUUUAAAUAAAUUACAUCAUUUGAAUAUUAAUUAUUCAACAUCGAAGAAAUGAAAAGUAAUUACUCAACAUAUCUUAUAUUCAAAAUAUAAACGUUUUACAAUUUGGCCAAAUAUAAUUUAAUUGUAUUUUAUGAAGGUUGAAUUCUCUUAUACACAAAAUAAUAUACGGCUUUUUUACCAAAAUAUUAGACAAGUUUAUAUAUUUUAUUGGUUGUUUAUAAAAAAUUCUUAGCAUUUAAUAUUAAUCUCAUAAUUUUCUCAACUUGAAAUUACA